CGAGGAUGGCCUCCAUCAAUCCAGGAUGGUUUGCAAUGGCUGUUUGGUUUCUCGAAUGCUUAUGUGACAGUGAAACUAUGCAAUGGCAACACCAAUACCGUGACAUGUCUGAUCCAUUUACAAGCAAGUAGCGUAUACCUUGGCGGAGAGGAUAACUGCUCCCGAGUAAGAAACGUAUUUCAUCGUCCUCUCUGCAAGAAGAUCAAUCAGGGUUGAACAAGAUCUAAACGAAUAAGUUGAGUCACCUGUAUUCCAUUGAGAGGGUUCGAAGGCGCUUCGCAGCUUCCGCAGCUUGAUCCGGAUCCUCUGAGCACAUCAAGGAUGCCAAUUUUUCAAUUUGCUGCUGAAUUGCAGUCUUUUGACCUGAAACCUGUGAUUGCAUCGAGCUAGUGAUUGGCUUCAAAAAGCAGGAUACGCUGAUUCCUGUAUACUUAGUGACGAAUCGAACUAUCCUGCGUACACGAGGUGGAAUACAGGAUGACGUUGUGAUCUGUUUGAGAUGUAUAUAUUAUCUGUCGUGUUUUGAUUUUGGCAAUUUCAUGUCAAAGACGCAGCAGCAACUGCGUCUUCCUGAGUCAAGAAGUCUUGAAAGACAAGCCCUUUGCAACUCAAAUCUUUUGACGCUGGGGUGUUGCGCUGCUUUCACCAGGAUUCCUUCGCUUCUCAGCACUCUGACUUCCCCUGUCUCUUCCUCUGUUCCCUCCAGCGCUUCAAUGUUCUCCUCCUCGCCGCCUCGCCUCGCCUCUCCUCUCCUCAACCUCCU